AGUAUGCACACCCUCAGUGGUUGGAGGGACAGAGGGGUGAAGAAAGGCUGUAUGAGAGGAAAUUAAGUGACUCUCUGCUGCAUACCAGUGUGUGGGAGAGCAGAGAAACUGAGGUGGCUGGAGAGGGGGUGGUAGGAGAGAGAACGGGAGAUUGGAGUGGUGGGGAUGGUGGCUUAGAGGACAUGGUUCGCAGCAGCAGCUGGUGCGUAGGAGCACAGGUUUCGGGGGUGGAGAACAAAGAAGAAAGCUUGAGAGGAGGGGUGGGACUUGGAGAAGCAGCAGCAAGGGUAGAACCAACCAGUGCAGACGUGGCGACAGCAGGGGUGGGAGUUGCAGCAGCAGGAGUAGCUAUGGAAGCAAGAGGAGGAGGAGGAGGAGGAGGAGGAGGAGAGGACAUGAUGACAUCGGUGCAUGGGAUGGAGCUAGAAGAGCUAGAAUCACUCCUAUUGGAUGUUGACGAGGAUAUGGGCAUCAACAAGGAGGGGGUUGCCGCCACCAUGCCUGCUUAUCCCACUGCCAAUGCCGCCGGUAGCAGUCACAGCAUGUGGUCUAAGGGGCACGAGACUCUGUUGCUGCCUGAGUCGUUCUUCCCAGCACCAGCUGUGGUAGGGACAGGAGGCUGGGCACGGACAGAUGGAGCAGCAGCAGCAGCAGCCGCAGAAGCAGCCACUACAGGCACUACUAUUAAUGUAGCAGGGAUGUCGGUAAUGGGGGACUGGGGGUUGAGCAGCGCGCAGCGCACUGGGAAGAUGCUCUCUCCGAAAAGAAGCCGCGAAGAGGACUGA